AUGCUGAGCACUUUUCAGGGUCACGACGACGCUACCGCGAUAUUGUUGGCAGUACAUUGCCCAAGCGUUACGUUGCUAGGAAUCUCGACCGUUCAUGGCAACGCGAGUGCAGAAAACACAAACAACAAUGCCGCGCGCUGUCUCUAUGCUUUUGCAGCUCCGAAGCAUAUACGCGUAUGUCCUGGGGCAAAGAAACCCCUCAUACGGGUCGAACGACAUGAUCCCGAGAUUCAUGGAAUAGACGGUCUAGGCGGGGUGGAAGGUCUGCCUCGUGCAGAUGACCCAAACGUUCAAGCCCGCUUGGUUGGUGAUGGGACACCAGGCCGUGCCCUCGAGGGUAUGGCUAAGGCAGUAUCAAGUACCUGGAACAACGGCCAAGGGAGCAAAGUCACUGUAGUCUCUUCCGGACCUAUGACGAAUAUCGCCCUAUUUGUGAGUGUAUAUCCAGACCUUGUCGAGGGAAUAGACGAGUUCGUAUUCAUGGGCGGCGGUGUGGGUAUGGGCAACCGGUCUGCAUCGGCAGAAUUCAACAUCCUUUGUGACCCCGAGGCAGCGCAAAUCGUCCUAGACGUCCCGGUCAAGAAAACCAUGAUACCUAUUAAUGUCACCCACACAGCAAUAGUCACCCGUCCCAUUCUUAGCCAACUCCUCGCUCCGGGAUCUGCCCCGACACCAAUCGGAGGCCCUCUGCCCAAGGCAAUCACGCCCCUCCGCCACAUGCUCUCCACCCUGAUCGGUUUCUUCGCCGAGUCGUACAAAUCCACAUUCGGUUUCAUCGAUGGACCGCCUUUGCACGACGCCCUUACUAUCGCAUACAUAGAGAAGCCCGAACUCUUCACUUGUAAACGGUACCGCGUGGACGUCGAGUUGGCGGGGACGCACACUGUCGGGGAGACGGUCGUAGACGCCUUCAACUACCGCUCCGUGGACAACUCGUGGGGUCGUCACGGCAAAAAUUGCCUCGUGGCGGAUAAGUUAGAUGUCGAUGGAUUCUUCCAGGUGUUCUUGGAUUGUAUUGCGCGAUGCGACCCAGUCUCGCCUCUGAAUAGGCAAUGA